GCAGGCCAAGAGCUAAGCUUCUCCAGCAGCAAGCAGGGCCCGGGAGCUUCGUCGGAAGGCCCCGAGCACCUCAAGUCUGCCCUAACUCCACUUUCCUCCUUGUCUUCUCCACCUCCCCAUCCACUUCUCGGCCCGCACAGGUGCCGGCGCGGAUUUCGUCAUGCUCGGGGGCAUGUUUUCCGGCCACACGGAGUGCGCCGGCGAGGUCAUCGAGAAGAACGGCCGUAAGGUGAAGCUGUUCUAUGGGAUGAGCUCCGACACGGCGAUGAAGAAGCACGUGGGCGGCGUGGCCGAAUACAGGGCCUCCGAGGGCAAGACAGUGGAGGUGCCGUUCCGGGGCAGCGUGGAGAACACCAUCCUGGACAUCCUGGGCGGCCUGCGGUCCACCUGCACUUACGUGGGAGCGGCCAGGCUCAGGGAGCUCCCCCGCCGGGCCACCUUCAUCCGCGUCACCCAGCAGCAUAACACGGUGUUCAGCUAACCACCCACCUGGCUCUGCCUCGUCGUCCCCGUCCCCCGCCUCCGCCCGCCCACCCCGUCCGACUCCCUCCCUGGGGGAUCGCCAGGCAGCAGGUCCCUUCCUCUCCCGGCUCCGGCCCCAUCAGGGGGCCUUGGCUCCCUUUCCAGAGUCCCCUGCCGGAGCCACACAAGAAAGGCCGAGCGGGCAGUCUUGGCCCAAGCAGGCCGUCGCUGCUGGUGCCUUCACCGGGCACAACCUGUGCAGCCUUGGGUUGAGAGAGAACGGAGCCGUACUCUGAAAAGGC